AUGUUGAAGGAAGGCACCAACAACGUUGGUGGCAGCACCAGCACCUGGUCACGUGUCUGCGACACGUGCCGGUCAGCUCCAUGCAUAGUGUACUGUCAUGCAGACUCAGCAUACCUAUGUUCAUCCUGUGAUGCUCGUGUCCAUGCAGCUAACCGUGUGGCCUCCAGGCACGAGCGUGUGUGGGUGUGUGAAGCGUGUGAACGUGCUCCCGCAGCGUUUCUUUGCAAAGCUGACGCAGCUUCUCUUUGUUCAUCAUGCGAUGCUGACAUUCACUCCGCAAACCCUCUCGCCAGCCGCCACCACCGUGUCCCCAUUCUCCCCAUCUCGGGUUCCCUCUUCGGGGAACCAGAUCACGAACCUGAACACGGGUUCGUGAACGAGGUGGAAGAGGCUUUUUUUGAGUAUGAUGAUGAGAUUGAAGCUGCUUCGUGGUUGUUGCCACAUCCUGUGAAGGGUAACGAAGAGGAUGAGAAUGGUUUUUUGUAUGGUGAUGAGUAUUUGGAGAACCUUGUGGAUUGUAACUCGUGUGGUCACAAUAAUAACCAGUUUAGCAACGUUUAUCAGCACCAGCAGAACUUCAUCACUGUCCCUCAGAACUAUGCAGUCGUUCCAGUUCAGGGGUUGCAACAAGCGCAGCAUUUUCAGACGGGGUUGGAGUUUGACUCAUCAAAAGCUGGGUUCAGUUACGAUGGUUCGCUUAGUCAAAGUGUAUCAGUUUCAUCAAUGGAUGUUGGUGUUGUCCCUGAAUCAACAAUAAGUGACAUCUCAAUGUCCUAUUCAAAGUCACCAAUAGGGACAGGAGACCUAUUUCCUCCCCUUUUCAUGCCUUCACACCUUACACCACUGGACAGAGAGGCCAGAGUCCUAAGAUACAGGGAGAAAAAGAAGACAAGAAAGUUUGAAAAGAAAAUAAGGUAUGCCUCAAGGAAGGCUUAUGCAGAAACUAGACCACGCAUUAAGGGUCGAUUUGCAAAGAGAACUGAUGUGGACCAAAUGCUCUCCACGACACUAUUCACCGAAGUUGGAGGUACCAUUUUCCCAUCUUUCUAG